CCUGCCAUCUGAGCAGACAACAGUUGUUCAUUCUUAAAAGCAGAUACAAAGGGAGAGAAAGAUGUUAACAACUGUUGCACGGGCCCUUCGUGGAUCAAAAUCCAUUACAUGGAGGAGUCUCUCUACCGGCAGUUAUUUGUCCUCACAUGAUGUUUCAAGUGACAAAGUGCCUUACUACACGAAACCAAUUUACUUUGAUUCCCCUGCACAACCUCUGCCUGAUGUACCCUUUGUGCCGGAGCUGAAUCCACAGCAGAAAAUGCUGAAGGAGAAGGAAGCAGGAUCCUGGACUCACUUAACACAGGCAGAAAAACUGGCAUUGUAUCGUCUCAGUUUUGAGCAGUCUUACACAGAGAUGAAAAAAGGAACACCAUCAGAGUGGAAAACUGUGUUGGGCGGUGUACUUUACUUUCUGGCCUUUAGCGGAUUAUACCUCUGGUGGCAUCGUGUAUACGUGUUUGGUCCCGUCCCCCACACGCUCUCUGACGAAUGGAUAGCGAUGCAAACCAAAAGGAUGAUUGACAUGAGGGUGAAUCCUAUCACAGGCUUCGCUUCCAACUGGGACUAUGAGAAGAAUCAGUGGAAAAAGUAGACUAAAUACAG